AACGUUACUGAACAGCACCCAUGUCACAGAUUAUACCCACUUUGAAUGUAUCGGAUGUAAUAAUAAUAAAGGAAACAACAACUGCACGCUAUCACAAGUUUGUUGGAUAUAAGUUAACGGAUGUUAGGCUGCGGAAGAAUAUGUAUUUUCUCUUUCUAUGCUGAAGCUCAACGUCUGUUCAACAACAAGAUCAAGCUCGUGGACGUGAACUAGGAAACGGGCGAUACCUCUUUUUAACCAUGACUGUUUGCUAGUGUACCUGGGCGAUUUGUUUUGGAUUAGUCUGCAAAUUCAUCAAACAAGACAAACUGCAUCGUUUUAGUCGCCAACAAGCAGCGCGUGGACGAGUCGGAAACUCGCGCGCCAUUGAAAACAAGUAAGCUCGAGUUCCGACAAUCUGAAGCUGUUAGACACAAGUGCCUCUUGCACUACUGGUUCCCCACCCCAGGCAGGUGUGACUCGUUCGUACAACGUCACAAAUGCGACCAUGGGAAGUAGCAGUGAGUAGGCGGCCAUCAACAGCCCCCUUAAACCAGAGGAGGGUCGUCGGGGAGCCUUGCAUCACCCCUCUGCACCUCAGGAGAAGUCCUCCAGUACGACGUCAGUGGGGGCAGCGAGAUAGACCUGCUGUGCACACUUCCCUACAUCAGGAUGAGAACUUCCUCCACCCUGUCUUCUCCCAGCAUCAGCAGAUUUCUUUAGAUGAGUCCAGGCAAUAUAGCCACACCAGUGCACCUCCACGCAUGCUGCAUACUGCCACACAGCCCCCCCAACAGAACUCCAUCAUGGUGGAUCUUCACGAACAGAUGCAUCAAGGAUCAGUUCCGAUAUCUUACACAGUUACCACGGUGACGACCCACGGUUUUCCCAUCCACACCGGGCAACCUAUCCCAGCCUGCAAUGCUCAGCAGCUCCCAGCAUGCUCGGUAAUGUUCAGCGGACAGCUCUCUCUGCUCUGCUGCCUUCCUCCUCCACUCAUUCAGGCCUGCACCAUGCAGCACCUGCCAGUGUCCUAUCAGGCAUUUCCACCAAUGAUCUCCAGUGAGCAUUUUAUCCUUCACCCUAGUCCGCCAGUGCCGCCUCACCAGCCUCCUCAUCUGCCUCCACUCAACCAGUUUGUUCCCAUACAGCCCCAGCACCCGCGCAUGCCUCUGCAGAGGGUGGAGAAUGAAGUGGAUCUGCGAGGAGACCAGCAUCCGUUAGGAACAUUCUCUUAUCCUCCAGCCCACCAUCCACCAGCAAUGACCCCCUCCGUCCCCCUUCAGUACCUCCCCCAGGAGCCUCUCCAUCAAGAGCUACCCUACGGAGUGCCAUAUCCGCACAUGCUGCCGAGGCGUAUAACUGGACAGAGGUACCGAUUACAGCAGCCUCUGCCUCCCCCGCCUCCUCCACCGCCCUACUACCCCGGCUUCUUACCAUACUUCCUCUCGAUGCUACCUGUGCCUCAAACUGCUGUGGGUCCUGCUAUCAGUCUGGACUUGGAUGUAGAUGAUGUGGAGAUGGAAAACUAUGAGGCGUUAUUAAACCUUGCUGAGAGACUCGGAGAAGCGAAACCUCGAGGACUAACGAAAGCUGAUAUAGAGCAACUUCCGUCCUACAGGUUCAAUUUAGAAAACCACCAAUCUGAGCAAACUCUGUGUGUUGUAUGCUUUAGUGAUUUUGAGUCAAGGCAGCUACUUCGAGUAUUACCCUGCAACCACGAAUUUCAUGCAAAAUGUGUAGACAAGUGGUUAAAGACCAAUCGCACCUGUCCAAUCUGUCGAGCCGACGCGUCUGAGGUUCACCGCGAUGUGGAAUGAGUUCAGGUUUUUGUCCUUCACUGGAAAGCAGCACAAAUCCUUGAGUGUGUUCUGUGAGUGGGGACACCUGAUCUCCAGCCAAACGCAAAUCUACCCCCCACCCCGCUCCCAACCCCACCUCUACAAUAAGCAAUCUUGGAAUUUGUAAGGAACCUGUUUGACCUCUGCUGUGCGUCAUUGUGUGAGUUUCAUGAAAGCUACUGCCGCCUAUAGCAACUUCGGAGUUCUGGAAUUGUGACCUUUUUUUUUUUUGGUUCUUUUUCAUCUUUCUUUUUCAUUUCCCUGCCCUUGUUUUUCGCAGAUUCCAAAGAUAACCUGUAAUACGUGUUGUGUUGGCAUAUUUGUUUACACAAUUGAAUAUUCUCUAGUUGUUUGAUCACAGUGCUUUAGUAUCGUUAGGGACUGCGGGAGCGGGCUAAGAUGAUGGCGGGGGUCUUUGGUUUUUCUGUGCAAUCAGACGAGUCGGUAAGACGCGGCCGCUCCGCCGGUGAACGACCAUCAUAGAUGCAUGUCUCUACAAGUGAUGAUGGGAUGAGGGACUUGUUAAUAAUCCAUGUUUUGCAAUAAUGUAUUGAUCAUUUGAAUAUCUUAAUCCCGAUUCUCUUUUAUCUGCGAAUGCUGUUGUGAAGGUGUGACUUUCAGUGGUUCAAAGUUCCAAGGCCUGAGGUUAAAGAGGGAAACGUAGACAAAAAGGACUGAGAAACGACGGGCGUGAAUCCAUCGGGAAAACUCCCGCUGGGAUUUCACCAGGGUCGUAGAGACAUUGAGGAAGCUGUGGGGUUUUGGCUUUUGCUGUUUGCUGGCAAGGCCAAUCUGACUGGCCCAUGGGAACACAGGGACGAGGACAGCACACUGCCUCUGCCAGCUCCCACCUGGCUGCACUGCACAACCCACAUCCAUUCUGGACUUGCCCUCUUCAUCCCGCUGCCUCUCACUCAGCUGUGUAACUCUUUCUCGGCUAGAUCCAGGAGAACAUCUCACGGGCCACGCGCGGACUGUUCUUUUAGACUAGCAAUAUUUGAAUCGACGAGAUCCACCGCAUUUCAACCACAAGAGGAACGUCGGACGAAGGCCAUGGGAAGGUCGCAUUUGCCUUUACAGAAUGACUUUUUGGGAAAGGGUGGAAGACUUUGCGGAAAGCAAUACGUGCAAUGAGUGCGAGAGGUGAACGCAACGCUUUGACCUGAUUUUGGAGGACUAGGUCUUUUGUUUUUCCUCAUUCGUGAGCCAAAUAAUCAAUAUACUCUCUGCCUUCUCAAGACCUUGACAAGCACAAACCUGUUACUAAUCUUCAGUUCCUCUUUUAAUAGUAUACGUUUUUUUUUUUUAAAGUGGUGUUAUUUAUUUCUUCUCUCGAGAGCGUUUUUGAAGGAUUCGGUUGGAAUACUAAAGCAUCUUUAGCGCGUUUUAGUUUGCCUCCCGUUGUCAGGUCUCAGGCCAUGUUCACAGUGUCAAGUGAUGUGAAAGAAAAAAAAAACAUUGUAUGCAUAGCCUUGGUGUGAAAGGUUGCAAAUUAUCGUCUUGUUUUUAAGACAAAAGAAUGUUGAAACCCUCUGUAUUUCUAGCUACGCCCUCUCCUGUGUGCCAGUUGACUGUAGUCGUUCCACGAAGAUCCCAGGCAGGAUUCGAAACGGCAGAGACGGAGCGUUAGGGUCGUUUAAAGAAAAAAAAAAGAUGCACUGUAAAACGCUCAACUUGUGGUUCACUCGAUUCCAAAAACAAACCUGAACGUUGUUCGGGCGAAAACUAUGAACUAUUUGGGUAUUCUUUUUUUUCCCUAAGUACUUUAAUUGUAGGACUUUUAAAUAUAUAUAUAUAUAUAUAUAUAUAUAUAUAUAUAUUCCUGAGUCGUUUGUCCACUGAAUAGUCAUUGUAACUCAAUAGACACACUGGCUUUCUCGGGUAAAGGGACUCUCUCAUGAGAAUGUGAGUAUCUUGCGUUUGCGUGCCAGGUUUUAAAAAAAAAAAGCCAUUGUCAUGAAUUUAAUCCACACUUUUGAUAAUUAAUCUAUGUAUACAUAUCUGUUCACUGGCAUAUAUUUUGAGUAUAACAAAAAAAACAAAAAAAAAUAUCACUCAGGGCCUCUCUGUAAUUGAAAAAUAUAGGAAAACAGUCCAUUUCAAAUUGGAUUGAUGCCAUGGAGAUAUAUUUGGGUAUUCUGGGUUGUUUUCCUCAGGCCAUGCAUAUUUUAAGUGUAAUCAACUGAACUAAUAUUCCUUUUUUAAAUAGUGGUGAAUAUUAUUCCAUUAUAAGACUGGCAUGCAAAGAAAAAAAAAAGAUGAAGUGACAUGUUGUAUCGAGUGAGAAUAGGCUUUUCGUCACUGCAGCCGAUCAUUAGCGUAUGUUACUCGAACCUGUUUUCCAGCCGUUACGUUUUUCCGUGUUCUUGUACUUGAACCACACAUAAAGGUUGUAAUCCCGUUGAAAAAGGUGCCACGGUGCACACUGUUCUACCUAGACCACUUCCAAGACUAUUCUUACAGUGUUUGCAUGAUUUAA